AGCAAGGUCGAAGAUGGCACCUCAAAUUCUCCAAUGAAGAGGGCCUCCACAGCAUAAUCGACUUGCAAUAAGAGAAGUAAUCUUGUGUUGAAUCGAAAGAUUGUCCUUGAAGAUGCUGACCCUCGAGGAAACCAUGGAACAAUACAUCAUGGAACACAUCGAAGCGAUCAAAUUUGCUGUUGUGUCCAGCAGAGGGAUUCAUUCCGCCUGCUUGCUGACUUUGAAUUGUGACAACGAGAAUCGCGACAAGUUGACACAGACAGCGGUCAACUUUGCAGAAAGACAUGGAAGCCAUGCUACCACAGUGGAGGAAGCAAGAAAGUGCAAUAACUUUCGUAGAGCGCUUCUCAAUACCUUUGCAGCUUGUAACCGAGAAAUGGUUUCGAAGUACAAGACAAGUAUGAUACGCCCUGCACAGCUUCGUCGCUUCACAAUCCUGACAGAGCAGUUUUCUCUUGAAGAUGAAACUCUCUACGAUGAAAAGAGAGUUAAUCGUCAAAGAGUGUUCGAGAUCUUUUCAGAUGUUUUCGACACCAUGUUCGAAGCUGUGUAUGAUGAGCGAGGGCAUGAUGAAUCUCGGCAUGGACCGGCUGAACGGGCUGAAGCUUCUAGACCUUCCGAUGACGACAGUGAAGAGUCAAGCGACCAAACAGAAGCGCGAGCAGACGCGUGUGGAGAUGUUGAAACCUCUAUGAGCAUGAUGACAGACACCACCGCAAAGAACAUUCCUCCUGGUGGCCCAAUCCCAACAGAAGGAGAGCUUGGAAUCUUUGUGCGUUCAAGAGAGCCGAGACCAAAUGUCUUCCGUCGAUGGGUCAGCAAUAUCAAGCUCUACUUCACGUGCUGCGGGCCGCAUUCGCAAGCCCUCGACGAUGAUAUUCUGAACCCCGGACAUGCCGUUGUCAAAAGAGCAGCUCCUGGGAACCAGAACGUACAGAAUGCAGGAGAGCUGGCAAAACAAGCGCACUCGGAUGAAAAUUUUGUUUCUGCCGCCCCGUUCGAGUCAAUUGACUGGAAGAACGAGACGACCGAGGAAGAGAAAGCAGUGUCCAAGUCAUCGAGCUUCAGCGUGCCCACCAACUAUCCCAUUGCUUCUCCUCCCAAAGUCUCUCUGCCUCCUUUUGACCCCCUGCCAACCGACUUCUACUCCAAGUCGUUCUACGAUUCUCCGCCUUCUCCUUUCGCGAUCUCACCCUACGAGAAGAUGGUCCUGUACGACCCCAAGGUGCCGUCGAGAUCGAGCGCUUCAAGGCGCCUCAUUCUCGCCAACGAGACCAUCAUCACCAACGUGUACAAUCCUUCUUCUCCUUCCCGCCCUGUCUUCGCUUCCAAGUACUCGGAUGUCAACACGUUCUCCAUGACUUACGUGUAGCGUGAAG